GGAGGCGAUACAGGUACGCUCUACUCGUUUUGCUCUAUUGAUGCCCCCUAGACAACCUGCUAACGACAGCUUAUAUGAACAGAUAUGCACGACGCUUGUAUGGACUUGCUCACGUCGUGGGCAGACGACUCACGCACGCAGCUCGCUGCCAACAUCGCCAACUCGACGGCCACGUGGAAGGUGGUUAACUCCCACUACAACCCGUACGCCCACUACGCUGAGGCUGGCAUGCAGAAGUGGUUCGACAUUAUCAAUGGCACGGGUGUCCACCUCUGGUUGAACGGCCACACACACGGCGAGAACCACGAUUAUUCGUCGUCGGUCGGUGUGCACUUCGUGGACAACGGAGCUGGCGGUGGUAUUAUCAAGCAAUCUGCAAGUGGCAUUCCGACGUACGCUGAGGAUUAUGUGAAGAACCUCUGGGUGUACGAUGGCACCGAGUACGGUUUUUUCUCUUUGACCGCUUCGGAGGACUGGCUGAAGCUGCAGUACCACACGGCCGAUGACAAGUGGACGUACGCCGAGAGCUUCAACUCGACUACUGUCGGUGGAGUCGCGACCAAGUACUGCUGGUACAUCCCCAAUGAUGGAAAUGAGGGACAGGAGUGCACGUCCUCGUCAAGCUCCUCGUAGAUAUUUUUUGGCAAGUAAGUAGAGCACGACAACGUUUACUGAAGCGAGCUUGUUUAGGAAGCGGUCGUUUUGAUGCAUAUACAAUGUGAUGAACACUGUAAAGACGAUCUGCUUCAUGUAUUUUUCCGGUACAUGUACCCGCGUGAAUCUUAGAUCGGCGUGAGCCAGUAGCUCAAUACACCUCAACAACAUUAAAAAAAAAUAUCACGUAGUAUAUCCGCAUGAAUCGUGUUCCGUAUGCAUUGCGUUGUUGGAUAAGAGGUUGUAAUGCAAACGACGUUUAUAUGGUACCUGUAUUAAUAAUAUAUAUUAUUACACAGGGAAUUCCCAGAUUAAAAAUUAAUCCAAUUCAGUUUGCACUUCAACUCCUGAUACCGUCUGCGGCCCUUUGAACCACCACCUAGAGCAAGGGUAAUUAGACUACAUGUAUUCUAAGAGUUAAGGCGAGCUUUGCAUGCGCAAGAUGCGAUCCCAAAGAACCGACCCAAGACGUUGACGUUGUAAAUGGAUUUUCAGCCAUCUCCCCUUCCCAUGUGGAGGUGUCCGCGCUGCAAUAGACCCGGUACAGUACUGCAGUGUAGUGUUUGCAUCACAGAGCCCCGUGGCAUCGUAACUUGGACUUUGGAUUUGGUAGGAAUCGCGAGCCGGGCCGAUCUGUCGUCGGUAAAGAGCUCCGAACAGCCGAAACUUACUUUCAUUAUGGAGAGUGCCCAAUGGAUCACUGCGUUGAUGGUCGGAGGUGCAAGCUCGAUCAUCCGCGGGUGAAUAAGGUACAGUAGAUGGUAUAUUGCGUUUGGUAUCAAUUGCGAAUUUGCAGCGGCUUACCCAGGACAAGCAGCGAUGGGAAUCCCUAGAAAGGCUGUGAUCAUCAUCGCCGUGGUGGUCGUACUGGCCGUCAUCGGUGUGAUCAUCGGGGUGGUGGUGAGCAGCGGCUCAUCCAGCUCCGCUUCCACCGCGGAUGGCACGUCCGCCAGUUCAUCCGGUUCAGGGAGCACCAGUACGACAGACAGCUCCAGCGGGGCCAGCACGUCCACCAAGAAGUCGAGCAAGAGCACCAGCACCAGCAGCGGGUCGUCGACUAUCACGUCCGACCCGACCAGCGUCACGUAUUCGCUUGCAGCUUUCGCCAUCGGGGACUGGGGCACCAUCGUUACGCAGGACUCGUGCUGCACGCGAUCCUCAACGUACAACGACUACGACGUCAACGCCGAGGACAUCGUGGCCAACCUCAUGGACCAGCAAGCGGGGAGCGCCGACGUGGCCCCCAAGAUCAUCAUUAGUCACGGUGACAAUUUCUACUGGACGGGAAUUAACAGUGACGAUGGCCGGGACACUCGGUUCACGACGACGUUCGAGGAGAAGUACGACGGUGACAACAUCAAGACCAUUCCGUGGGUGAACGUCCUGGGCAACCACGACUACGGAGGCACCGACUACAUUUGCUCAGACUCGAACGACGGUACGGCCGCCUGCUCCGACUCGGACGAGCUGGUCACCGCCUUGAAGAACAAGUUCUCGUGGCAGUCCACCUACACGAGUCCCAACGACAACCGCUGGAUCUUGGAGGACCACUUCUACGUCUACACCAUUGAGGACGCGGACUCUGGAGUUAGCAUCGACAUCUUCAACGUGGAUUCGGGUGAUGUCGAUACCCACGGAGCGAUGCAAACCUGCUGCCAAUGCUACGGAUACGUCGGAGACGAUGACGACACUUGUGACAACGUAUCACGCGGCGACGACGGAUGCUGCGGGGGCGACACGGAUCUUUACGAUGCCUGUAUGGACCAGUUCACCGAAUGGAGCGACGACUCUCGCAAGCAGCUCGCUGCCAACAUCGCAAACUCCACGGCCACGUGGAAGGUGGUCAAUAGUCAUUACAACCCGUACGCUCACUAUGCCGAGUCUGGAAUGCAGACGUGGUUUGACAUCAUCAACGGCACCGACGUCCACCUCUGGUUGAAUAGACACACUCACGGCGAGAACCACGACUACUCUGCGUCGCUCGGAGUGCACUUCGUCGACAACGGUGCGGGCGGUGGCAUCCAGAAGGAGUCUGCGAGUGGCAUUCCGACGUACGCUUCGGACUACGUGGAGAACCUGUGGAGCUACACCGGCGACGAGUACGGUUUCUUCUCCAUCACCGCGUCGGAGGAAUGGCUCAAGUUGCAGUACCACACGGCGGACGACUCGUGGUCCUACGCCGAGAGCUUCAACUCGACCACUGUCGGAGGCGUGGCCACCAAGCACUGCUGGUACGUGCCGAACGACGGCACGGAGGGCCAGGACUGCACUUCCUCCUCUUCGUCGUAGAUAAUUUGCCGCUCGACGACCGAGUAGCCGUAAUUCCGUGAAAAGUGAGACUUUUGGUUUGUAGCUUACACCAAACUUCGUUCUUUUCAUCCUGGAGCGCGAGCGCGAGCGUGGCCAGCUGUCAAGGCGUAGCGUAGAGACACGAACCCCGUUCAAAGCCCACGGCACCGACUAUCCAUCCGUAGUGGGGUCGUUGCAGCUUUGCUGGAAUUCCCGAUGGCGUGCGCAGCUCUCAGUCUGUUGAUCGUUUUGCUGUGAGGACUCCACGAUGGAGGCUGGCUACAGAGCUACAUUUGCAGCAUUCGAUAGGCGCGUUGUGGUGUUCGCGGUGCAGUUUUGAAAACUAAAAAACAAAAUUAAUGGAUCCCACCCUCGUCUAAUCGCGUUCGAACAUCAAGCACCAUUCCACCAAUCAAAACACACUUUGACGUUUCAGCGGCGAAUCACAAGACCGGAAAGAAAACUACACCCCCAAACCGGACCAGAGCAGGGUGUGUGCCGGGCGGUACCCAGCUGGCCAGUUCACAGCGGCGCACACGUCUCAUUUGAGCUUUCGCGGCGGACCUCGGACCCCCCCCUCAAGACACUUCGAUCCUCGCGGGCGGAGUACUGUACUCUUACUGUAGAGCAGCGAAAUGGUCACCAAGAAGGCGGCGAUCACCGGCGUGGUGGUGAUUCUGGCCGUCAUCGGCGUCAUCGUCGGCGUGCUGGUCGCGCGCAAGUCCAGCGACUCGGCCAGCGAGUCCUCAGGCACGACCAGCUCCGGCUCGGGCUCGGUGAGCGGCGCGAGCGGCAGCGGGGGCACGACAUCGAGCACCGUGGACUCGUCCUCGUCCAAGUCGGGCACCACCUACAAGCUCAAGAACUCCACGAGCUCGGCCUCCAGCUCCGUCACCUCGGACCCCACGGAUGGUGAGCCACUCCGUUACCUAAUUGAGACGGUGCCGGAGAUCGAGACUAACACACGGAUUUGUUAUGGUUAUUUUUCUCUAUGACACAGCUAAAUUCACCCUCUCGGCCUUCGCUAUCGGAGACUGGGGUACCACCGUCACGCAGGACUCGUGCUGCACCCGCUCGUCGACGUACAACGACUACGAUGUGAACGCCGAGGACAUCGUGGCCAACCUCAUGGACCAGCAGGCCAGCGCUGCGUCGGCACCGCCCAAGUGUGUUCUCAGUCACGGCGACAACUUCUACUGGACGGGCAUUGACAGCGAGGACGGCCGUGACUCGCGCUUCACGUCCACCUUUGAGGGCAAGUACACUGGUGACAACAUCAAGAGUGUGCCGUGGGUGAACGUGCUGGGCAACCACGACUACGGUGGCGCCAGUUACAUUUGCUCGGACGGCGAGAACCCGGCCGAGUGCUCGGACGCCAAGGCGGUCGUGGAGGCCCUGAAGAACAAGUUCUCGUGGCAGUCGACCUACACGAGUCCGAACGACAACCGCUGGAUCCUGAAGGACCACUUCUACGUGUACUCCAUCGAGGACAAGGACUCGGGCGUGAGCAUUGACAUCUUUAACGUGGACUCGGGUGACGCCAGUACCCACGCUGCCCAGCAGACCUGCUGCCAGUGCUACGGCUACGCUGAAGGCAGCGACAAGAAGUGCAAGAACGUCGCGCGUGGUGAUAAGCUCUGCUGCGGAGGCGAUACAGGUAGGAUAUGCUGCUGUUCGCCUGAAGUCGAUGCCAUCUUUUCCUAACGGCUUUUACCACAUUCUGUAGAGAUGUAUGAUGCCUGUUUCGACAAGUUCACGGAAUGGA